AGUUCUCAACCGUUGAUAUUUCAAACACAAAAAUUGUGGUUACCGUAAUUUUCGAAUUUUAGUUAAAUACUAGAACCUCAAUUUCAUAUUAUACCUUCUCUUUCAUUCUAGAUUCUUCGUCUAGAUUCAUCAAUUCAGUAAUCAAAGGAUCUGGCAUUGAGAAACUGUCAUUUAAAUUUCUUUAUAAAUACCGAUUAGUCAACCUGGUAUGGGAGUUGUGACUGUUUCUAGUUCAGCUGCUCGAACUCCGCUAGGAUUGAGUAAGAAGUUUUCGACUCACCAUCCGGUAUUGAAGAGGCCGUUAACGGUAGCGUUUAAAGGAGAUAAUAAGCAGAAUGACACGGUUUUGGUUGUUACAAAAGAGAAAAUUCCGACGAAAGAUGUAACGGUCAAUACGCACAAGAAAAGGAUAGCGAAAACGAAGAAAUUGCCUAAGAAGGCAAGAGGUGUUUUGAUUGAGGAAACUUUUCAAUCGUCGUUGGAUGUUGACUAUAAUGAAGCUGCUGCUAUACUUGAAAAUAUAUUCAAACUUAGCCCGACGUCUGAUGUGUGUGAUGCAGAUUAUAUAGAUAGUGCGAUCAAAAGAGUUUCUCGAAGGGGUAAGAAGAUUGGUGAUGCAAGUAAAGAGGGGUUAGAGAAUGAUAGGGUGGUUAGAACCCAGAAAACGAAAGCCAAACGGAUGAAUCUUGAUGAGAGGAUUGCAUUAAAAAAGGACAAUGAUAGUGAAGAUGUUACUCCAACUCGGAAAAAAAGAAAUGGCAGGAAUAGAACUGGGAAAUUUGAGGAACUUCGUAGGGAGUUUUCAGUACCAGUUGAUUUGGUGAGUCUGGACUGGAAAAAAAUGAAAAUACCUCCGGUUCUUCCUUCUUCGGAGCAUGCAUUUUUAUUCAAGUUGAUGCAACCAAUGAAGGCACUCCUUCAAGUGAAAGAAGAUUUACAGAAGCAGCUGGAAAGAGAACCUACAGCGGAAGAAAUAGGUGACGCAACAAAUAUGAGCACUACUAAAGUAAAGAAAGCAAUAGAGAUUGGUCGAGCUGCAAGAAACAGGCUGAUAAAGCACAAUCUCCGGCUUGUCUUGUUUGUGAUCAACAAAUAUUUUUCAGAUUUAGCCAAUAGCCAAAGGUUUCAAGAUCUUUGCCAGGCCGGAGUUAAGGGACUUAUGACAGCAAUUGACCGUUUUGAACCAAACCGGAGAUUUCGGCUAUCAACCUAUGGUUUGUUUUGGAUAAGACAUGCUAUCACUCGUUCCAUGACCCUCUCAAGCUUCUCACGUGUGCCCUUUGGACUUGAGUCGGUUAGAGCAAAGAUCCGAAAAGCUAAGAUUGAGUUAACAUAUAAGCUUCAGAAGCCACCAACAGAGGAAGAAAUAAUAGAAAGAGCUCAUAUAUCACCUGAAAGAUACCGCGAUGUAAUGAUGGCAUCAAAACCCUUUCUUUCAUUGCAUGCAAGACAUCCAACAACGCAAGAUGAGUAUAUCGAUAGCAUCGUUGAUGAUGGUGGUGUUGAUGGUGAUAACAGGAGGCAACCUGCUCUACUAAGGCUUGCUCUUGAUGAUGUGCUUGAUUCCCUGAAGCCUAAGGAAAACUUGGUGAUCAGACAAAGAUUUGGACUUGAUGGUAAGGGUGACAGAACUUUGGGAGAAAUCGCCUCAAACUUGAACAUCUCUAGGGAAAUGGUGAGAAAGCAUGAAGUCAAGGCUCUCAUGAAGCUCAAGCAUUCAGCUCGAUUGGAUUAUCUUCGUCGAUAUGUUGUAUAAAUCGGCUAAUUCAUAUGACUCCAUUACUGUAAUCCAUGUGCUUGCGGUAGUCCUACCUUACAUAGUCACAUAAUAGAGUGAUGAUUUGCAUCACCGGUCAUUUAAAUACCGACAUACCGAAGAUCAUAAUUCGUAAGUAAUUUGUACACUAGACUUGAAAUUGCACGAUGUACAUAAUCACCUAUACACGUUACUUGUAAUGCGUCUUCUUUUGAUGAAAAUACAUUCUGCAAUAUACCAUAAGUUGUAAUGGUCAAUUUCUCCUAUAUAUGGUUAAUUUAACACAA